AUGGUUCUUGACCUGAUGGACUAUGGCAUCAACUACAACACCAACACAAAGGAUGCCUGCGCGUGGGACGCGUGGGAGGAGUUCUGCGGCGUGAUGAACACCGCGCCGCUGCGGCAAGCGUCGUUCGUGCGAGAGUACCCCGCGCGAGAAAGCAAGCUGCUCGGUCUCUUCGUCCUUUGGAUCUAUCCCCGGCUGAAACCUCGGAGUCGCGCAGAUCGCUGGGCCAAGCCGAGAUCCGCCCUCGCCUACCCGCUGGCUAUUAUCCGCAUCUUUCAGCGGUGGCAAGUCGUCCUCCCGAGCAUCAAAAACGUGCGCGCGCAAGUUCGCGGACUCCUACGCGUGGCGGUCAAUGUCUUCGGGCUGGGGUUUCUCGCGCCGCGACGCAAGGAGCCUUUCACCAUGGACAUGCUGCGCGCGGUCUGCGCCAUCCCGAAUGGCGCUCGCGUCGGCGCGCACACGUGGCACGCCGAGUCGCCUAUCACGAUCCUCGUCACAGAUCUGAUGUGCUUUCUGCUGCGGACGGGGCGGACCAACUUUGAUCCCGGCCGUGGCGACGCUCUGCGCGCCUGCGUCGCCAGCUUGCUCGACUUGCCUCUCGCCCAGACGCCAGACUUUCUGAACGCCGCGGGAGGCGACUACUGGCGGUCGAUGGUGUCGCACGGCGCCGCGCUCGGCCUCGCACCAAUCAAGGUCGCGCUCGGCGCCGACGGCAAGCUGCCGAGCCCGUCCGUCGAGGGCGGCCUCUGCAUUUUACGCGGCACGUCGCCCCGUGGCGCGCACGGGCACGUCAUCGUCGCCGCCGUCGGCCGUGAUGGCGUCACUCUCGAUCCCGUCCACGACCCGCACCCCUCCGGACACAUGCUCCUCCCGCCGUACACCUGGGCCGCCUUUUACGCAUCGCCCUGCCCCGCCGCCGCCCGCUCGGCGGCGACCGCCGCCACGAGCAGCAUCGCCGCCGGCAGCGCCGCCAGCAGCGGCAGCGGCGCCGAGGCGAGCGGCAGCGGCGGGGCGGCCGCCACCAUCCUCUCGCGGCUCGCUCCGGCGCUCUGCGCGGCCGGAUUCGAGGUGCAGGCGCCGCUGCUGGUCCGCUGGUACAACGAGCACCCAAAGGUGACUCCGCUCGGCGUGGCGCACCACCUCGACGCCGAUGGCGACACGCUCGCGCUUCUGGUCGGCAACUCGCGCACGCUCUGGCGCCCCUUUGUGCGGUGGGUGGGCGAGCGGCUGGCGGAGGACGAGAACUACCUCGCGCGCCACCCCGACGCUCUCGACGCAUACGCGCGCCACGCCGUCUCCACCCUCCUCCGCGCUCUCGACGGCGUGCCCGGCCUCCACGCGGCGCCGUCGGUCGUCUUCGCGGACGAGACGCUCGAGACGCACGGCCGCUGCGUCUCGGACUGCUUUCUUCGGUGGGACGACUCGGACGAGCAGGCCAACUGGGGGCGGCUGCGCUCGAUCGUCGACGCGUUUGAGAUUGGGCGCGAGCACCGGUACGAGCACGAGAUGAUGCAGUUCCACUACGAGCCGGACGCGCACAGGCGGCUCGAGGCGCUCCGCCGUACCGCUCUCUGCGCGCGCGGCCCCGGCGACGGCGGCGCGGCGGCGCGGCGAGCCGCGCUGUCGUGUGACGCGCGGACCGGGGGCGCCGGCGGGCUGCCGGCGGGGACGCAGACAGCUGUGAGCGCCUUUGACCAGGGUCAACCGGCCGAGACGCAGACGGCAGCGGCGGAGCCGGGCCAGCAGGCACAGACGCAGACCUUCCUCGCGACGGGUGAGGAGGCGACGCAGACGGCGCUGCAGCGCACGGCCGAAGCGGGCGUCCAGCACCGCCCGGUGCUCGCGAACCAGGUGUGA